CCUGGGGGCAGGGACAUGGACACCAUCCCAGGCACCGGGAAUGCAUCCUUUGGGGGUCCAGGCACCGGGAGUGGGUCCCUGUCUGGCCCCUGGUACAGCACGCACAAGACUCAGCUCUUGGGAGUUUUACUUGCUGCUGCUUCAAAUUUUCUCAUCAGUGUCUCUUUGAAUAUACAGAAAUGCGCUCAUCUCCGACUGGUUUGCCAAGCAGAGCAGAAGCCCUGCUACAGGAGCAAGCUGUGGUGGUGUGGGAUUACCCUCCUGGGGCUUGGAGAGGUGGGCAAUUUCACAGCCUAUGGAUUCGCCCCCAUUACUCUUGUGGCUCCACUGGGAUGUGUUUCUGUUAUAGGUAGUGCAUUUAUUUCUGUCUUUUUCCUAAAGAGGACUAUGAGGACUGCUGAUAUAUUGGGAGGAACACUGACAAUAACAGGGAUAUACUUGUUGGUGACAUUCACUCCAAAUGUACCUCAAGAGCUCACAGCAAGACAAGUGCAGAAUUACUUAGUGAGCUGGCCUUUUUUGGUAUAUUCAAUUUUAGAAAUUAUAAUAUUCUGCAUUCUCCUCUAUUUUUACAAAAAAAAGGCUGUGAAACACAUCAUGGUUUUGUUAAUGAUGGUAGCUCUACUGGCAUCACUGACUGUCAUUGCUGUUAAGGCUGUGUCCAGCAUGAUAGCACUUUCUGUGAAGGGGAAAAUGCAGCUCACUUACUCUGUUUUCUAUAUCAUGAGUGUUUUAAUGGCAACUUCUUGUGCUUUCCAAAUCAAGUUCUUGAAUCAAGCAAUGCAUCUGUAUGAAGCAACAGCUGUUGUCCCCAUUAAUUUUGUGCUCUUCACCACCAGUGCCAUCAUUUCAGGGGUCAUAUUUUAUCGGGAAUUCCAAAGUGCAGCUUUACUGAGCGUGUUCAUGUUUCUGUUUGGGUGUCUCCUAUCUUUCCUUGGUGUGAUUAUAAUUGCAAGAAAUAAAAAAGAGGAGUAUUUACAAAUUCCUUUUAUUGACUGUGGACAUAUUCCUGGGCAAAAACUGACAGGCAAAGUACAACCAGAUUCUCACAGUUCAUGCUAUGGCACACUGAAUAAGGAAGAUGACUCGGUGAAAAGGCAAAGCUGAAAGAAGAAAGCACUUUACAUGCCAAGUAACAGGAGGAACACCAGUGGAACAAGGAUCAGUAGCACCUUUUUAUUGAACGUAUUCAAGUAUACAUUGAACUCCUGUAUGUAGAUGAGUCAUGGAAUUAUUUAAUCCUAAUUAAUUUAUCCCAUGAUUGUACCGCAUGUGUUCUAAAGAUAAAGGAAGCCUUAA